AUGACGACCGUGAUGUCUCACACCCAGCCCACUGAGACCAUCUCGUUUCCCGUCUUGACCUAUACCGAUGCCCUACCCCGGAGUGACCUUCAGGCGCUAGAGCCUUCACAGCGCCAAGAGCUCGCAUGCCAGUGGGAUUUUCGCCAACCUUCCCCGGGAGAUGGAUGGUUUAGAAGACCGCCGCCGGGCGAGGGGACCACAUUCGACUUUCGGAUUACCGCACCGCCAGACGAGGCUAUCCGCACCCAUGCCCGCACCCCGGCGGAGCAACAUAUGAUCGGAAUUGCACUGGGAAGUCCUGGAUUGCUCAAGCAAAAGGAGGAUCUGCCACCUCCCAGAUUUGAUACGUCGAUUUUCACCGAGAACGGACAGGGCUUGACCCACAAACCAAGCAAAUGGAAGAAGAUCGGGGGAUUGUUCAAGGCCAAAAAUGCCUUGACCUCGUCCCCGGAGGAGAUGCACUCGGGUGAAUCCAAGCCACCACACGAGUACAGACAGUUCGAGAAGCCACGGAAGACCAAAGAAAGGAAGAACUCCACGGAGGAGUGGCCGACAUUGGAGAUAGACCCUCCACAAAGCCGAGUCCAACAAAAUCCCAAGAGGGGUCGCAAGUUCUCGCUCAGUGGGAACAAAGCACCAAAGACUCAACCAGAGCCAACUAAUCCAGGACCUUUGCUGAACAUCAACAUCCCGGAUGUGCAAAUGGAGCGAUACAGCGUCAUGUUCAGUGAUGUUGUUAAUAAGAACCAAAGACCCUCACUGCUGGCCAGAAGGGCCAAGACUCUGGACAAUCUUCAAGUACCCGACGCAAAUGGCUUUCUCAAGGCCCCAGCGCCACCCCCGAUGCCCCAACGUCGGGCAACAUCGCCAGCGCAAUCAAGUUUCACUCUGUUCCCAACAUCCCAGCCCUCAAAAGCAGCCCAGGUGCUCGGAACACAUAAUUUCUCUCGCGGCCCGAGUCCACUAAUGCGUGCAAACACCCUUCCCAUCGAGAGCCCAUCCAAGCAGCAGCCUCAUCACGGCUCAAGCAAGAACAGUCUAUCGUCUUUCGAGUCGCCCGUAAUCCCCAGGCUCUUUUCUGCAGCCUCCAGCACUCCAAGGUCCUCCAGCAGUCACAGCUACGACAAGCCGCUUCCUGCCAUCAGACCCGACCCGCAGCCAAGCCAGUUGCAGAAGAGCACCCACCCGCCGAGGAACGUUCAAUCACCACAGCAGAUUCGGUUGCAGCAAAGCACCCAAUAUCAGAAACCACUGCCAGCCAAGCAGAGCUCCCAGCCACGACCGGCGCCGCAACCCAGAAAGGAUUCUCUGCCCAAGGCCACCGAGAAACUCCACCUCCAUGCAUCAUCCCAGAAGACGUCGACGCAAAUCCGCAUCGACCAAUGGCUCGAGCAACAAAAGGACGAACCGAUUCCCGAAGCGAUCCCGCGUCCGCGUCUCAGAGUUGAAACAGAACACCGACCGGCCCCACCUGCCAAAGACAUCCUCUCUAGCACAUCUCUCAGUCCACUACCAACCCUCAACCCAACCCAGGCGAAGAUCGACCGUAUCAUGUCCCCAUUAUCAGCCUCAACGGGACCCCGAUCUGGGAUUUCGCCAUCCGACUCCACACGCAUGCCAUUCGUUGAUGCGGUCGAGAUUUUCGAAGAACCCGAAGAGCAAGAGCCGGAAGCUGAACCCGAGACUGAGGUUCGUGCGAUUCCCCGAGUUGAGGUCUCGGUCGCCCGGUCUGUAUCCGUUGCGCGGGGCAAACGACAGAUGAUUGUUCCCAUCGGUGGUAGAGCUGAUCAGCUUGAUGACGAGGAACGCAUUGUGCAGCGGCGAGCUUUGACGCCGCAGAUUACCGAUGCUCAUCGAGGACAUCGGCCUGGUGUUUCACAGGAGCUGAGGAUAGAGUGUCUGUGA